UGGAAAGAAAAGAGAGAGCGAGAGAAACUUAAAAAACAACAGGAAAAGAAAAAGCAGAAAGCAAAAGCCUCUGAGGAAGCUGAUGUGGCUGUGACACCAGCCGAGACUACUGAGGGAGCCUCUGUAGAUGAAACUGCAGAAGGAGAAAAGAAAGAUGAUGAGGAUGAGAAAAAAGAAGAAAAGGAAGGAAAAAAGAAGAAAAAGAAAGGAGAGAAGGAAGAAAAGAAGAAAAAGACUAAGGCACCGGUAGCAGCCAUCAAAGCCCAGUUAGAAAUGAUUCGAUUGGAGGAGGAACGAAUCAGAAAAGAGGAAGAAGAGAGGGAAAGAAAAGAAGAAGAAGAACGCUUGAGAAAGGAAGAAGAGAAACGUCUUGAGGAAGAGAAAAAACAAAGGAGAAAGCAGAAAGAAAAAGAAAAGAAAGAACGUCUGAAACAGGAGGGUAAAUUACUGACAGGGAGACAAAAACAGGAUCGUCAACGAGCCAUGCAGAUGUUGGAGGAGAUGAAGGCCAGAGGUAUUGAUGUUCCCAACAAAGACGAAAUUGCGAAGAAGCGCCCAGUCUACUCAAAUCGUAAAAAGAAGCAACAACAUCAAGUUGAAGAUACACCAUCGCCGGUAGAAGAAGUGUCACCCUCAGCUUCAGUGGAGGAGAAAACACCCGAACCUGAGCCAAAAACAGAGGAAAAACCAAAAGAGGAAGAAGACAAUGUGGCUGAUGCUUGGGAUGCUGAGGAUGAUGUCAAAGAUGAAUGGGAUGCAGAGGAUGAAGAAACAGAAAAGAAAACGGAAGUAGAAAAACCUGCAGAGCCAGUAAAAGAAGAAGUAGCAGAGGAAAGUGAAGAAGAAAGCGAAGAAGAGGAGGAAGAAGAAGAGGAGGAAAGUGAGGAGGAGGAAGAGGAAAGCAGCACAGAGGAAGAAAGUGAAGAUGAUGAUCUGACCCCUGUAGAACGUGCUAGGGAACGCAUCAUGAAAAGGAAAGAAGAAGCUGAGAAGAAUCGUACAACAGAUGUGCUCCGAUCUCCUGUUGUAUGUGUACUAGGACAUGUUGACACAGGGAAAACAAAGAUCCUUGAUAAGCUACGGAAAACAAACGUCCAGGACGGUGAGGCAGGAGGGAUAACUCAACAGAUCGGUGCUACAAAUGUUCCCGAACACGCCGUUAAAGAGCAAACAAAGAUGUGUAAGGAGUUUUCAAAGAAAGAAUUAAAAUUACCAGGGUUAUUAAUUAUAGACACACCAGGCCACGAGUCUUUCAGUAACCUGCGGUCCCGAGGAUCCUCUCUCUGUGAUAUUGCUAUUUUAGUGGUGGACAUCAUGCAUGCACUUGAACCACAGACAAUCGAGUCAAUCAAUCUCUUAAAGCAACGUAAAACACCUUUUGUGAUCGCCCUCAACAAGGUGGAUCGUCUUUACCAGUGGAAACCCAUGCCACAAACAGAUAUUGUCAAUACCAUUAAAAAACAGAAUGCCCAGACAAAGAGCGAGUUUGAUAGACGUGCCCGUGAGGUCAUCACUCAGAUGGCUGAACAGGGCCUUAACUCGGCAUUAUUUUAUGAAAACAAGAAUCCUAAAGAAUACAUCUCUCUUGUGCCCACAUCGGCACACUCCGGUGAUGGAAUGGGUAAUUUGAUUGCCCUAUUAUGUGAGCUCUCACAGACCAUGCUGGCCAAACGUCUGUCCUACUGCACUGAACUGCAGGCUACAGUGAUGGAGGUGAAAGCACUCCAUGGUUUGGGCACAACAGUUGAUGUGAUUUUGGUCAAUGGAAAGCUAAAAGAAGGUGACUUAAUUGUUGUUCCUGGCACAGAGGGGCCCAUCGUCACACAAGUUAGGGGUCUGCUCAUGCCUCAACCCAUGAGGGAGCUCCGUGUUAAGAGUCAGUGGGAACAUCAUAAGGAGGUCCUAGCUGCCCAGGGAGUGAAGAUCAUAGCCAAGGAUAUGGAGAAAGCCAUCGCUGGGCUACCUCUCUACGUUGCCAAGAACCAGGAUGAAACCGAGUAUUACAAGGAGGAAUUGUCUACAGCCCUGAAAGAAGUCCUGAACGCCAUCAAGCUCUCUGAGAGAGGAGUGUUCGUUCAAGCUUCUACACUAGGCUCACUAGAAGCUCUUCUAGAAUUUCUCAAAGUUUCCAAUAUUCCAUAUGCGGGCAUUAAUAUUGGUCCUGUUCAUAGAAAAGACAUCAUGAAAGCUUCUAUUAUGUUGGAACAUGAUACCCAGUAUGCUGUGAUUCUUGCAUUUGACGUUCGUGUAGAACGAGAGGCACAAGAGAUGGCGGACAGUUUAGGUGUUACCAUUUUCACUGCAGACAUUAUAUAUAACUUGUUUGACAAGUUUAUUGCCUAUAGAAACGUGGAUAAUACACAUAAAAUGUGCAUUCUGUUAUUUGUUGGAGUGAUAGAAGGAAUAUCAGACACGUGUUGUAGUACUGGGCGGGGCCCUUCUGACGCUCUUCUAGGGCACCAUGUAAAACAUGGCUGUAAGCCAGGCGCCAACCAAAUUCUUCAGUACACAUCAUAUCCAACUGGUUCCUGA